AUGGACGCGCCGGACCGGUCGGGACCGCAGCUGCCGUUCCGUUGCCCGCAGCCACCUCCAGAUCACUAUCGUCUGUCUCGGCUUCCAUCAACCAUCUCGGAGUUUCGCCGGGAAGCACACCAUGAAGGAUCAAGCCUGCGACACGGGGGAUGCAGUGGAAACAGAGUGGUGCUGCUGCUGGGCGCUUGGCUGGUGCUGUUGCCGCCGGCGGAGGGCGCGGCGUCGAGCCCCGACGCGUCGGAGCGGCCCGUGCGCACGGCACGCAUCACGCUCGCCGACCUGCCGCCCACGGCCACGGCCAGCGCGCUCGCCGCCGCCGCCACCUCCCCGGGCCCCAGCAGCCCC